AUGCCCGACCAAAACAUCCCCCACGACGCAGCCGCAGCCCGCCGCGCAGCCCACGCUGCGGAAAACAAGUGGAUGAUCAUCAAAAUCUACUGUACCAUUGCACUCGUGGACUUAGUAGUCUUGGGUCUAUUCCCAUCUUGGCUGGUAGCGAACAGUCUAGCGGUGGUGUCCGCGUUGUUGUAUCUGGGGAUCUACCGUUACCGGGCAUACAUCCUCCAUCCGGAAGCCCAGGAAGCUGAUCCUAUUGAGCUGCGAGAGGGUGUGGUUCAUAACAUGGUUAUGGAAUACAUGGGCGGAGAUGGCGAGAGUCGCGUUGAUGAUGCAGAGAGAUUUGAAGAUGCGGAAGACAGCAACGACGAUGAUGAUGGAGAAGACGAACAUGAGAAUCACGGCGAGGAACCAGAAGAAGUGCACAUCGAGGAGGUAACCGCUGACGAUACUCGUUCAACGCAGAUUAACAUCCACAUACACCGGGGUGGGAGCAUGUACAUCAACAUGAUGCAGGGCGGAACGUUGCUUGCUAAUGUUUUCGGGGAGGUUGAAGGCUUAGAGUGA